AGAGUCCAGCUCCCCCCCACAAUGUCACCGGCCAGUUUGUUGAACCUGUUAGCGUCCGCUACCCUCAGCCUGCUGUCCCAGCAUGCAACAGCAUACAGGACAGCACCGGCCACCACAGACUCAUAUCAUAUUAUUUAACUACUGAAAGUGUGACUCUACAUACAGAUUCAUCAGCUUAUUCGUUAAUAUGUGCGUGCACGUUAGCUGUGCACGUGUCCAGGGCAGCUGCUGAAAAUAUGCAAGUUUAACAGAUUCAACAUGUCAGCAUGAGUUCAGCAUGAUGACUGUUUCCUGGUCAGUUGUCUGUCCGUGGGUCAGUUGUCUGGCGUCUGUCUGUAUUUUCUUGGUCAGCGUGGGAGGGGAAGUGAGCAGCAGCUGCAGUAUUAAAGCUCGGCCACUCUCAGCUCCUAAAAUCAAUACAGGAAAUACCAGAAUAAGAGGCAAACAUUUCCUCUGCUCUCCUGCAGGCUCCGCACACAGGAGGCGUGGUCUGUUCAGCUCCACCAAUCAGCUUCUCCGACAGUCACCGGAAGCAUCUGAGACCAGCCAAUCAGAUGCUGGUCUGAGUGUCUCCCGUGGCAACAGUGAGAUCCAAAACAUGUGGAGAGAGAGAGAGGGGCUGCAGACAGACGGAGGGAAGAUCUGCAGGUGUGAUGAUCCUCACCUGCUCAAACUCAUUCUGACCUGCCACUGACCUCCUGUCACCUGACUCCACUCUUCACCUGGUGAUGCGGUCCAGAAGCUCAAGGACACAGGUGUUGGACCUGGCCCCGCCCCCUGCUCGCUCUGCCUCCUGCAGCAGUGUUGAGGAGUUACCUGUGUCCCACAGCGUCUCAGCAGGUGAGGUCCACUCACAGACCGACCUGGACAGUCUGAUGAGCUCUGACUUCGACUCGUGUUCCGCCACCGAACACCUGGCAAACACUUGGAUCUGCAUCACACGUGGUGAAGACCAGGUGAUCCAGCAGGGGGUGCUGAGGAGGAACAGCUUCCUGUCUCUGAGUCAAAGGGUCCAGGUGAAUCGCAGGAUCCUCCAACACCUGCUGAUCAACCAGAGGACACACUUGGAUGACAGCCAAUCAGAGAGCAGAGAGCACAACGACACAGGUUUUGUUCUGAAUGAUUCUGAGAUUCUUCUGGGGGAUGAAAACCAUCACAGUCUCUUUGUGUCUGCUGCUGCCGCGGCAACCGAGCUGUGUGAGGACAGAGGUCGUAUGAAGCGCCGCUGCGUUCCUCUGAGAGCCGACCACAACCUGCUGACCCCCGACACCCACACGCUGUCGGGGGUCAGGCUGCAUCCUGUCAUCCAGGUGAGGUCGAAGGGUGUGGCCUCUUUUUCUGGACACCUGAGUGACUCGUCCAGCUGCGAAUCAGCUGUCGGGUCGACGAGGCGACGCCCCCCCACAGCCUCUCCAACUCGUCGUCUGCGAUUUGAGGAUGAGACAGAGAUGGAGGCGGAGUCUCGUUACCUGGAGCGGCAGAGGAGACGGCCGAGUCAGCGAGGGACAGGUGUCCUGGUCUCCAAACCGGACUUGAACCUGUACGUCAAGGCGGAGGCGGGGCCACGGGGGGCAGGGCAUGUUGUUGAAAGACAGCAGAGAGGACGAACGCUGGCCGGGGGGGCGGGGCAGUGUGACUGCUGUGGGAUGGUUUUAGGAGGCGGAGUCAACCUGAACCUCCGUCUACACCCACCUGUACCUGAAAACAGGGGGCGGAGUCUGUACAAGACUGAGCCAAUCAGAGAGACUUACAUUGGCUCUGUCACACCUGGUGAGACCAGCGGGGAAGGGAGCGGGGCUGGCCGUGUUGCUAACAAGCAGGUGAUGAGGAGGACCAAUCAGGUGGAACUUAAUGGUAACCAGGCGACUCUCCCUCAGGCCACGCCUACCACAGACCUGCCAAUCAAUCCCUACGCCCCCGACCAACUAACCACACCAGCUCAGCCCUCUUGUUUAGCUCUGCCCAUGUUCAAAUGCCCCUCCUCCCCCUCCUCUCCUCAGAGUGUCAGGCCCAACUGCACAAAAUCAGUGCAGAAUCUGAACCAGAAGCAGGAGGAGCAGGGGAGACCUGCAGCAGCCAAGCCCCACAGAGAGCUCCAAUCUGGGCCAGGGCUGAAGGAGAGGAGCCCCUGUGUGAAGGAGGGAGGUCUGUAUCUUGGGAUGAAGAGCUCCUCCUCCUCCUCCUCAGGAAGGAGCUCCGAGACAACAGUUGAAAGCCAAGCCCCGCCCACUCCAGACAGCAGCAACUAUGGACAGGUCAGACAGCCAAUGAGAGCAGAGCUUCACAGUGAUGACACUUCACUUCCUGAACACUUCAUAAGCAGAGACGAAUACUCUCGUCUUUCUCUGCGACGUCUUUUCUCCACCGUCAGACUGAGCAGGACUCGAACCGGCAGCCUUGACCGCCUCAGUUCACGGCCCCGCCCCUCAGUGUCUGGUCCUGCCCCCUCAGACCCUGCCCCCUCGUGUCCCAGGAAGUCCUCUGGCCUCCUGAAGAAAACCCCGUCUGUUCAGUCGCUCAGUGUGGGGUCGCCCUUCUUGCAGUUGAAGAAGUCAUCAUCAGUUCAGUCUUUUGGUUCAGAGCAGAAGAAGAAGAAGGAUCGUUCUGCUGACUACAGACCAGCUGCUGACCAGUUCCUGCAGCGGUGUCUCAGUACUGAGGACGUCGGCCGUCCCUGUUCAGUCCGUUCUGUUGGUCGGGUUCUUCAGGUUUGUUCUGAUGGAACGUUUCUGUUGGAACUCAGUCAACCGAAGAGCCAAAUGUACGGAUUCAUCAUCAGCAGAGGGAGAGGACGACCUGACUCUGGCGUAUACGUGGAGGACAUGGUGGACAGCAGCACCGAGAAGUUGUACGCUGGCCUGCUGGCGGUUGGAGAUGAGAUCCUGGAGGUGAAUGGGGAGAAGGUGGCCUGUCUCAGUCUGGACCAAGUGACCCACCUGCUGACCCAGAACACCUCUGCCACCGUUCGGGUGCUCCGACAACGGAGGACGCCUCCAAGGUGACCUCAACACUGACCGACCGCAACUACAACCACCACAACACUGUCUGAGGCUGUCUACGACUGCUAGGAUACUCACGACACAUCCAGGGAGUAGCUACCUGACCCUCGCUUCAUAACCAAACCACACCUUCGAGUACCUGGUCCAACCAGAAUUUAAACUCCAGAACACGUUGAUAACUAAAUUAACUGAACUGAAAAUUUUACUUUACUGCAACUUCCACAAAAACUGCAACAAACUGCUGAGCUGCUUCCUGGACUGAGCUGACCACAUGACCGAGACCACAACCUACGAGCAACUGGUCCAAACUGAACUGAGCUCUACAGCCCUUAACCCCUAACCCUUCUGCCGGACCCCUCACCUCCAUGUGGGACUGUAGGCAUCAGACUCUGAGUGGUUGGUACAAACAGGAGUUUAAAGGUAAAUCUUUAACCUGACAUCAUGUCUUUAGAUCUGAUCAACAUGAAAACAGGAAAUCACAUUCUCCCCCUUCUGUUGUCACAGAGUGCAGGUCCACAGGUAGAUCAGUCCAGGUGAGGGAGGUUCACUGCAGAAACAGUUACCUAAAUGUUAUUCAGAUUCUGUACUGAAGAAGCUUCUCAGAGCAACAAAUCAAAUCCUAACUAGUCAGAAAUGAUCAAAGUGAACAAAGUGACAGCUGUUAACCUGUGAAACGACGGUGAUAUUUAUUAGAGCUGCAGAGGUGAUAACAUUUGUUAUUAAGUCCUUUGAGUCUUUUCUCUUGUAAACCUGAAACUUGCUGUUUGAAAACACUUCUGAUGAAGCAGAAACGCGUCAGUUAGUUUAAAAGUGUAGAAUGAGCUCAGUGCUGCCUCUUGUGGUUGAUGGCAGAAGAACAUCGACUCACUAACUGCAACUCUGUUACUGUGGUGGUGUUUUCUGCUCUGCAGCCUCAGGGGGGCAGGAAUGACCUCAUUACAGCUUGUUGCACCAAAAUGAAGAGAAGAAGAUUCAGAAACUAACUUAGACUAACUUUAACACCAGAGACUUAAUUUCUUUUGAAGAACACAUCAGCAGGUUUAUCUGCUGACUUUAAAUUAAAUAUGACUUGCUUUACUCUUUCUUCACCUUCAGAGCUGCUGUAAUAAAAAUAUUAAAUGAUAUCAAGUUAACUCGUUAUUUAACGUAGUAACAGUGUUGUAUUGGGUUGUUUGGCUCAUAAACAUUUACAGUAUUUAAACAAACCCCUGCAGUAUUUCUGUCUCUGUACAGUUCACAUGUAUUUUCAUAUGUUUGUUUAUAUUUUCAGACAAAUAAAAGAAACAAUGAACUGAAGCUUCAUCGCUCCUGUUAAAUAGUUGAGGUGGGGAUGAUGGGACAAAAUCUAAAUAUUCAGUUUUGUUUAAUAAUUGUUUCCCUAUAAAUGUAAAGGAUUUUUUAUUUUCAUUUAUUGUUUUGUAUUUCUUUCACUUGCAGUUGGCCUGAAUGUAUCCCAUGCCUCUACAACACUAACAUACAAAAGAAUCUAAACAUUAUGGUGAAGCUUUAACUGUAGAACAUAAACGUCCUUGUUAAAACUCAAAUUCCCAGGACCGAACCCUGACAGAAAUAAACUAUGAAUAAAAUAUUUAGAAAGAAAACAGUCAAAGAUAUUGAAUAAAGAUUCACAGCAGCAUAUGAACAAUUGUUUAUAUUUAUAACACACUGUAAUGUAUUUGUGAGCAGAUUUAAAGACAUCUUUAAGUUAUUAGAACCUUUCCAUGAAACAUCAGUAACCCUUAAAUCUGCUUACAAAUACAUUAGUUUGUUAUAAACCAUCCAUAUACUGCUGAUAAAUGCUAAAUAUGGUGUUAAAUGUCUGAUAGUUCUGACUCUGAUCAUGAAAACAGGCAGAAAACAUUUUAAAGAUCAGUCUGUUUUUAUUUUCUGAAUCCGUUCAUUGAAAUAAAAUUCACCUGCAGACAUAAAAACUUCACUCAGCUGCUGAUAUCAACAACAAACAAAAUAAUGACAGACGACGUUUUCAUUCACCGAUUAAUAAUACAGUUUAACUAAACUGAUCAAUAACACAGUUUAAAUAGUUUAACUUCAAACUAAACGUCUUCAUUCAGCUGUAGUUUAGUCACUGAUCUGUUCUGCUGGUCUGAUUCAUGAUGUGUCAGCAAAACACACAGUGGCUAUUAUCAUUAUUUUGACCAUUAUUAUUAUUAUUAUCAUUAUUAUUAUUAUUUUAGGGCUCCAUGUUGGUUUUGUUUCCAAAACUAAAGUCAAAACUAAACUAAAACAUGGAUUUAUUUUCAAAUUAAAGACACUGAAUAAAUCAGUUGAAGCUGAAGGAAAAAUUUCUGCUUAAUUUAUGAAUAAAAAAACUGUUCAAUCUAACAGAAAACGUAUUAAGACUAAUCAAAGGUGAAAUCUGACAUUUCAUGAAAUAAAAAUGCAGAAAAUACUGAAUUAUUUUGUGAAAUUUGUUGGAAAACGACUGGAUAGAUUUAUGAAGUUAGUGUUAAAACAUGUCAAGAGAAUAAACAGAUUAAACAUUACUUAUGACUUAUAACCUGUAAUUCUGUAUGUUUCUGUCCAUCAGUCAGAGUUAUGAACACUGUGGUUUUAUUUUAUUAAAACAGUAACAGGAAAUAUUUGAACUUUUCACAACAUUUCAUCACCUGCAGACGUGUAAAUUUCACCGCCAUGCGGUAAACCUGAUGGUGUGAUUGGCUGCUUCGCCUUACAGCUCACCUGUUACCUGAUUUCAACCAAUUUAUAUCAAACAAGCAGUUACCUCGCACGCUAACCUUCAAGACUGCACUUCCUGCUUCUGCUUCACACCGGAGAAAGGUUUUUAUUAUGAAGCAGCAGCAGGAAGUGUCUGCUUUGAAUUAUAUACAGGAAACAAAAAUAAAGUAAAGUAAAACAAACUAUUAGAGGAAACAAUAAAAAAUAAAAUAUCAGUGAUGCAUUCAGUCACUUAAAAUCAUAAAACAAAAACACAAACUGUAAACAGAAAAAUCACAAAAACAACAGAAACAGGAAGUUUUAGUGUUAAUUAACAUUAUUUUUUCAAAAGAUUAUUUUCUUUCCACAAACCAUCACCGAGCUCCAACCUCGGUGUAGUACGAAGCAACAUUAAAGGGUUGGCCAGGUGUGUUGAGCCUGCAGCCACAGCUUUCAGUGUCAGGAAGGAACUUAUACUGCACAAUGUAACACCGACCACUUAGUCUAUUGGUAUUUAUCACAGAUAAUAUUCAAUCAAUAAAAUUCUUUUCAAUUUGAUUUAACCAAAAACUUAAGUGAUUUCCAUGUAUCCUUCCGCAUGGGACAGUGUCAGACCUAAAUGCAAAUCUUGAGUUUAAUGUUUAAAUGUAUCGAGAGUAACGUGUAAGAGAAUGUGCAGUUCGAAAUAAACGGGAGGUAAGUGGUAAAAUAUAUUAACUCACCAAUUUAAACGAUUAGCUAUUUCCUGCCAGCAUCUCCCUCUUGCCUUAUUAACAGUGUGGCUUUAAUAUUUUUUAUAUUCUUCAUAGCUUUCAAUUAAAACGGCCUGUUCCUCUUGACUGAAGUAGGCGGCACGUGAUCGGUCCACUUUGUGUGGAAGAAGAGUCAAAUGACGAGCCUUUAGUGGGAACGCGCACAGAGCCUGGCGAAGAAAACCUGGGUUAACAAAGAAAGUUGAUAACCACCGUCGUGACGCGCUGACUGGAGUUUUAGGUUUUGUCGAACCAGCUAACGCAAAGAAAGCCUGGCUAUGUCAAACUUGCUUCGUAGUACACCACUCAGGAUUAAACCAGUAAACCAGGGUUAAACUGGUGUUAACACAGAGUUAAAACUGGAAUUCAAGUUGAGAAUGAAACUGGGUUUAAAGGGAGAAAAGCUGAAGUUAGCAUUGCACUUAACUUGAAAUUAAACUGGAGCUUAACUGGAGUUAAAACAGAGUUAAACUGCAGUAAAACUGGGGUUAAACGUUGCAUUCAAGUGGAUUUAAGAGUCUAAAAGGAGUAAAACUAUAUUAUAUCUAUAUCUAUCUAUAUAUAUAUAGAUAUAGAUAUUAAAAUCAGAGUUAAAGUGUUUUUAAAGUAGUAAUUAGACUGAAGUUAAAGUGGAGUUAAACUGGGAUUAACCUGGAGUUGAGAUGGUUAUUUUCAGCCCUUUAAAUAAAACAUCCAAAAAACACAAUUAUUUUUUUAAAACAUGAAACAUUAAAACACAUCAAUCAUGUUUCCACCUGGUUUGACCUUUGACCUCUGCGAUGAUUUUAACAGUCAAACACUCAAAGAACCAAAGUGCCUUUUCAGUCCCACUCAGAGGGAAGAGAGCGUCCAGUAGAGUCCAGUAGAAACCAGUAGAGUCCUGUAAAGUCUUGUACACACAGUGUGGUUCAGUAAAAUCUGUCUGUGAUAUCAGAGUCCAGUAGAGUCCAGUAGAGUCCAGUAGAAACCAGUAGAGUCCUGUAAAGUCUUGUACACACAGUGUGGUUCAGUAAAAUCUGUCUGUGAUAUCAGAGUCCAGUAGAGUCCAGUAGAGUCCAGUAGAAACCAGUAGAGUCCUGUAAAGUCUUGUACACACAGUGUGGUUCAGUAAAAUCUGUCUGUGAUAUCAGAGUCCAGUAGAGUCCAGUAACUGGUUCAAGCUGACCAAAAAGCUUUUGGUUUCCCGAUUUUAAACAGUUGAUAAAGUUCUUAUUUUAUUUAAUUUUAAUUGAGAGAAAAGAUGAUUUUUGCUUCACACAGACUCAAUAAAAACAAGUUCAGUUUCACUCGAAUGGAGAGAUUAUCUGCUGUGAACUGGAGUUUAACUGUUGUGUUGAUGUUAAUCUAUAUUAAAUACUGAUGGUGUCCUUUAAGUUUUCAGUCUCCUGUUUUUCCAGGAGCCUGAUUGGCUGAUUGCUCUCUGACUCCUCAGGUGUGUUACCUGUCCUCAGGUGUAGGUCUAUACAUGAGGAGGUUUUCUGAUGGAGGUGGACGUCACCCAGAAUUUAAUAACAUCAAAUCCCAGAAUGCUUCACUUCCAGAGUCUUUAG